AAAGAAGAAGAAUGUUUACGCGCCUUGCUAUAGCCGCGCCCCUUUUUAGGCGGAUGGACCAAUGAGAUCAGCCUCAGCGGUCAUCCGGUCCCCGUCCCCCCUCUCCCGUGCACCAUCGUGGUGACAUCACGAGGCUGGGGCGCUGGCUAUUGGAUCAUCUCACCAAAGCGGGAGUGAAUGGAGUGAAGAGGAAGCAGCUGCUGCUUUUCUCCAUCAUAGUGAGUUGUAAAACUGGAGUCUUCUUUCCAUGACCAAAGAUGGCAUCCUAUUUAGCACGAGAAGUUCAGCUUGCUAAAAGACAUGACGAAAUCCUGUCUCAGAGAUUGGUGUUGCUUCAGCAGAUGGAGAGUCAUCGAGGAGACAAAGAAGCUGAAAAGACAUGGCAAAUGCAAGAAGCUGAUGCAGCUCAUAAAAGAAAUGUAGUACUUUUAGCUGAUAUUGAAGCAGCAGAGAAGAAGCUACAUUCACGAGAACACUUACUUCUACAUCCCGAUAUUGUUAAUCUCGAGGAGCCCCUGGUGGUGCAGUGGAUUAAAUUGUUGACCUGCUGAACUUGCUGGCCGAAAGAUCAGUGAUUCGAAUCUGGGGAGCAGGGUGAGCUCUUGCUGUUAGCUGCAGCUUCUGCCAACCUAGCAGUUCAAAAACAUGCAAAUGUGAGUAGGUCAAUAGGUACCACUCUGGCGGGAAGGUAACAGCACUCCAUGCAGUUAUGCUGGCUACAUGACCUUUGAGGUGUCUAUGAACAAUUCCGGCUCUUCGCCUUAGAAAUGGAGAUGAGCACCGACCCCAAAGACUAUAGACUUAAUGUCAGGGGAAAACCUUUACCUUUACCUUCCAUCCAAAUCAAUUAUUUUUCCACUUUUCCUACUGAACACUACCAGUAACCUGGGAUGCUCACUCCAUGUACUGUAUUUCUUCAGGGUUCUGGCUUUUUGUGUUGAUGAUUUGGCUUCUUUCAGGAAGAUGUAGAGACUUUUAUUCUGUUACUCAUCUGCAAAGAAAAUGCUUCAUGUCUCACCACAAUGUCUUUCCAAGUGGGUUGCAGUGACCAUUCAUCUGACCUGUGAACUUGCAGGCGAAUAGCCUCCUGCCCAAGAGAGAAGUCACUCAACUAGGGUGAUGGUAGCAUUGGAUGCAUUCUUGAGAAAGGUCCCUGCAUAAGAUAUUUGUAAAGCUGCUACCUGGUCAUAGCCUCUGACUUUCAUCUCUCAUAAACUGGACAUGUCUCCGGCAGAGGCUGUGUUUGAAAGGGCUAUGCUUUUCUCCUCUGUGCCAUGACACCUCCUGUGGUUGGUAGCUUGCUGGUAUCUCAUUUGUAUAAGUCAUAGUGAACACAAAGGAGAAGGACAGGUUGCUUACUUGUAGCUAUAGCUUUUUGAGUGGUCAUUUGUAAAUCCAUCCAACCACACCCAUUCUGCCCUUGUUGUGUCCUGCUGUAGCAUCCAAAGGAAUGAAGUUUUAGUCAAGAGGUGUACUGGCAUGGUGUGCAUGGAUGGUUCACAGUUUUAUAGAUGAAGGGCUACCACCAAAACACUUUUGUAGAACUUUAGAAAGUUCUGAAUGAUGCACUAUGCAGGUGCAUAUAACCCAUUUGUGUGAGUGCACACAUGAUCAUGUUACAGGGAAGUACCCUAUCCUUCUCAGUCUAUCUCUUGCUGUUCUGCCUUUAAAAUUUCAUAGAGUGGUGGACACUGGGUCCAGAUCCUUCUCCGUAGCUCCUAUUUAUAGUACUUUGUUUCACAAUAAUUUGUGGUUUGCUCUCUCAACUGGAUUAUUAACAUUGUUUUGAAAAUCAACUUUUUGGAAUGCUUUGUUCAUGGUAUUUUUUCACAGUUGUCUUGUGACACUAAAAAAAUUAAGAGAUACUGGCCGAAUUUUAAUUUUAAAAUGUUAUUAUACCAUUCUAUUGGGCCGGGCUGUAGCGCAGCUGGCUAGUAACCAGCUGCAAUAAAUCACUACUGACCGAGAGGUCAUGAGUUCAAAGCCCGGGUUGGGUUAAGCCCCCAACCAUUAAAUAGCCCGGGUUGCUGUUUACCUAAGCAGCCCGAAAGACAGUUGCAUCUGUCAACUAGGAAAUUUUGGUAUGCUUUAUGCGGGAGGCUAAUUUAACUAAUUUACAACACCAUAAAACUGCCAGCAGCACGUGGAAAGGAAUGAGGAAGUACAGCACUCAGUGUCACUCGUGGAUGAUGAAGCAACAGCUCCCCCUGUGGCCUGAAUCGAGCAUACCCUCAUAAAGCAGGAAAUGUUAAAAUUGCCUCUGUGUGUGUCUAUACUGUAUGUUGUUUGUCGGAUGGCAUUGAAUGUUUGCCAUACAUAUGUUCAUUGUAAUCUGCCCUGAGUCCCCUUCGGGGUGAGAGGGGCAGAAUAUAAAUACUGUAAAUAAAUAAAUAAAUAAAUAAAUAUUAUUGCAUUUUUA